AUGUUAGAUUAUAGCAUAGGAAAAAGAUGCAAUUACAGUAUUUGCAAAUAGUAGGAUUUUCUUCCAUUUACAUGUUAAUUGUGUGAUAGUGCAUUUUGCUCUGAGCAUCGCACCCCUGAGGCUCAUGAGUGCAAAAAAUAAUCAGUUAAGAAAUAAGCCAUAAUAUGUCCAAUAUGUAAUAAGGGAGUCAGUUAUACCUCAGGAUAAAAUGAAAAUAUCGUUUGGGAAUAACAUUUCCAGAAGGAGUGCACCUAAUAACCAACUUAGAAGAAGUCAUGCCCAACCUGCAAUACAAAAUUAACAUCUCUGAAUAGUGUUUAGUGCAAGACUUGUGGCAAGGAGGUUUGUCUAAAACAUAGACAGAUUGAAGAUCAUGAUUGUUUUUUUCCGAAAAGAAAGAACAUUCCAGAACCAAAAAGCAUUUAAAAUCAAACAAUCCAAUAGAAUAAUAUUAAUUAGAAUCAGUAAAGUGCUUAUUAACCAUAACAAGGAAAUGAGCAAGAAAUUUGUCAAAUCUGUGGAAAAACCUUCCCAUAUGUUAUGCAGCUCAUUCGUCAUUCGGAAAUUCAUAAUUCUUGA